CCCGCCCGCCCCGGGCCUGUGGGCGCGUCCCAGCUGGCCAGUCUGCGAGAGGGGCGCCCGGCAGGCUGCAAGAGAGGCAGGGAGCGCCCGGGGUUGGGAAGACCGCUGUGCCCAGGGCAGCAGCAGUCACCGCUCCAGGAUCCCGAUCCUUCCCUACAUCCAGUCCAGCGGUUGUGGCCCGGCCCAGCUGCCAUGGCACACUGCAAGACGGAGCAGGAGGACUGGCUGUUGGCCCACCUGAAGUACCUGCUCUUCAUCUUCAACUUCUUCUUCUGGGUCGGUGGGGCAGCUGUCAUGGCUGUGGGUAUCUGGACACUGGUGGAGAAGAGUGGUUACCUCAGCAUCUUGGCCUCGAGCACAUUUGUUGCCUCUGCCUACAUCCUCAUCUUUGCUGGUGCUCUUGUCAUGACAACCGGCUUCCUGGGCUUCGGGGCCAUCAUCCGGGAGCAGAAGAGCUGUCUCUCCAUGUAUUUCUGCCUGUUGCUGGCCAUCUUCCUCGUGGAGCUGGUGGCAGGGGUCCUGGCACAUGUGUACUACCAGAGGCUGAGUGAGGAGCUGAAGCAGCACCUGAACAGCACCCUGACCGAACGCUACGGGCAGCCAAGGGCCGCAGAGAUCACAGCCUCGGUGGACCAGCUGCAGCAGGAUUUCAAAUGCUGUGGCAGCAACAGCUCAGCCGACUGGCAACACAGUACAUACAUCUUGUCCCAGGAAGCCCAGGGGCGCCGGGUUCCCGACAGCUGCUGCAAAACUGUGGUGGCGCACUGCGGCCAGCGGGCCCACCCCUCCAACAUCUACAAGGUGGAGGGAGGCUGCAUGGCGAAGCUGGAGCAGUUCCUGGCUGACCACCUGCUGCUCAUGGGCGCAGUGGGCAUUGGGGUGGCCUGUCUUCAGGAUGAAUCACUCUGUCGGUCUCAUUCCCCAGAGAGUCCUGAACAACUUGACCUGAGUGUGGGAUCAGAUCUGCGGGAUGGUUCUCACCUGCUGCUUACACCGAAGGCUCCAGCAACACUUUUACUAAAGGAUGCCCCAGUAGCCUGCUGACUGCCCCACACGAGGGCCCACAUCCCCACAUCCUGAACCAGGCCUACAAAGUCAGCAGUUGGGUCAUGGACUCCCUUGGACUCUAUGCAGAGCCCACCAGCUGCCUGUGGUGUGGCUCCUGGGAUUCCCGCUGGGGCAGGGACCUCGGCUCACUCCUCCAUUUCCAAGCACUCAUUCACUGCCAGAAUCUUUGGCAGGGGAUGGUUCUGGCAAGAGGCUGCCAGAGCCCUUUGCUAGGCACGGAUCCCUAUGGACUCCAGGAGGGCCAGAGCUCAGCUCCCUCUGCACUAUCUCAAUGCCUGAGUCUGGACUAGAAGGAUGGCAGAUGUGUCUUCCCAAGACUCCUGCAGGGCUUGGUGUGUGAUUCCCACUGACAUUGGGUCCCAGUAGCUCUCCUCAGAGAAAAGCACCACUUCAGGCAGACUGGGUUAGCUCACCCCUCCCAAAACUUAGCUGGUUUUGGAUCUUCCCACCAGUAACCGGCCAUGCCUUUCCUGUAGGGCCUUGGACAGGGGUCGUCUAAGAUGGGGCAGCUAAAGGCCAGGCUGUUGGAGCCACCAGGACAGGGCACUUAAAGAGGCAGGUUGGUUACAGCUGGGUGUGCGGCACCUGAGAGUCACAUGAUAAUCACGAGCCCCAGCCCCCAGUGGCAUGUCCUCUUCACAGCAUUGACUACCAGAAUAUCAGGUUUAAGAUGUUAGUGAGUUAAAGCUCUUCUCUAGUGGCCCACACUUCGGGCUGUUAAGUCAAGGCUGCCGAGGAGAGGAAGCUGUGGGGAAGGAGGUACUCUGCCUGCCCCCCAUUUCCUGGUGCCUUCAUGACCCCAUUUCUCUUCCACUGUGUUCUCUGCUUCCUUCUCCACUAUUCCAGAGUAGCACGGUUCUCUCCUCUUCUCUCUCUAGUCAUUGGACGAAAUAGAGACUAUUCAGGAAGAACUCCCCACACGUUAAAGUAGACAGAAAGAAAAUCCUAGAAAAAUCAAAAGUUGGGAGUAGAUGUCAACUACUCCCAUAGGGAGUAUAGCAUAGGGUACAGACCAUUGGGGAUCCCCCCUUCAUUGAUUAUUGCUUGGGCAGUUUUGUACACCAGGACUCCAAACCAGCCUCAGCUCCACAUGGGUCUUGCUCACCUCUCCACAAUGAACAAGUUGGCAUCUCGUUAACCAGAAGCACUUACGACUUGCCUUCUAUCUGACCCAGUUCUUACCACCAUGCACCCAGAUCCUGCCGAGCUGGGUCCCUUGUUGCAGGGAGAUGAGCUCCCAGUUGUACGUGAGGGAACUAAGGGCCACUGGUUGCAGCCCCAGCAUAGGUCUAAAAUUCCAUUCUCAGGGCAGGAAGUAGUUGCAUCAACAGAGGGAACAUCAGGCUCUCAUUGGGUCAGCAUCUUCCACUCUGGGAUGCUCCGGGGAGCUACUCAGAGCCCAGGCUGGUUUAUGUCACCUGCCUGAAGGGCCCUAGGUUGCUUGUACAAAGAAAAAAAGACACUCCCAAAAAUCCUAGACUAUGUUAUGGCCAAGAGAAAAUCUUAGCUACCCUCCACCUUCCCAGAUUCUUGCAGCUAUUCGAAGACUCACUUUGAUCUCCAAGCUUAUAGACCUAUAAGACUCAUAUAGAGGGGAUUAAACAAAAGGUUUAGGGUCCAAACCACAUUCCUCCUGAAGAGGCACCGAGGGAAGUGGUAAUAUACAAAGGGAUACUUUGGCCUUAGCAUCUGCUUUGGUAGCCCCCCUUAGUUCUCAGGCAGAUGAGGACAGAAGUGACAAGUGGGGACCAUUGUACAGCCUCGAUGCAGAGGCAGUCAGGAGAGCAUAGCUCAUUGGCCCUGGUCAGAGUGCAGAGUGAGUGGACAGCCCCAAAUGUGACCUCCUUGAUCACAACAGCCUUGGCGACAAGAUGGGGUUAGAGGCCAUGAAACACACAGUAGGCCAGGUUUAGUGCAGAAUCUGUAGUGAGGUGUGCCCGUCAGAUGGAUGCUCAGGAUAUUUCUUCCUAUUUAUCCUGAGGGACAGGUCCCUAUUCAGAAGUUGUCACUCUGAGUUCCUUAGAGAGAGAGAAGGGCCUACCUAUAAAAUGUCCUCCUCAGUCUUGAGUCAGCACAGACAUCGUGGGUCCCACACCAGGCCCUGAACUUGGCACAGCUGCAGCCAUCAUAUCCCCACCCUGAGCAUGAGUUGCCUUUGCCUCAGCUCAAAGUGGCUCCCUCAAACACAGUAUGCCCCUAAAUCCCCCAGGUGGCCAGUGUUUGGGGAACGAGGGUAAACCUUAGUCUAUGAUAAGGAGAUAAGGACUCUCUGUGCAUUUUGUCCCUUGCCCUCCCCAGCACUGUACCCCUCGCCUCCCAUGGCACUUCUGGCAUGGCUUUGGGGAUGGUCACUGAGGAUCUGCAUGUCUACCUUCAAUGUCAUCCACAGUGACACCAAUGGAGUGUGCUAUAGCCCCCAUUCUCCAGAUAAAGAAGCUAAGACUCGGUCAAGUUGAACACCAGUGGUGAUGGCUGUUGUCAGGGCACCAGCCAGGUGGACCCAAAGAAAGUAGAGGUGGGAGCCCCUCCCCCCAGCACUGGCUGUUAGGUUGGCAUUCGAGAACAGUGUCCUAGGGUGGUAUGGCCAAAUAGUGGCAGCCUCAACGACUCCUCCGUUGGAUGGGCCCGUCCAUCGUGUCCCAUGUCAGCAGCGUUUUGCAUUCCCAGGUGAAGUAGACACCUAUCUUGUUUUGCAAUGACAAGGUCCUAUCGGGAAUCUAAGGAGGCCAGAGCUCCUAAGUAUGAUCCAGGCCACACUCAGAGGCAGGAGAGGGGUGAGAACAGGGACUAUCUUUAGUGCUCAGCCUCGGUGUGGAUGGGAACCACACCAUGUGAAGCUCGCUGGCUGGAAUGUGAAAUGUCUCUCUGUGUCCCAUAAGGAGGUCAGGAGAGAACCCAAGAUUGUAUCCAUUCCUAGAGCCACCCCAGGUAUGGAGAUACCCUGGUUGGUGAUGCUGAGCCUCUCCCUCAGGCAGACCCUCUCUCUCUUCUUGCCCACUCCCCUAUAUUAAACAUUUGUUAUUUCUGGGCUCUGGAGUGGACACAAGGUGACUUCUGUCUUGAGCCCUCUCACCCCUCUCAGGGUCAUAGAGGUUCAUAUCCGAAAGGCUCUGGCUGUCUGGAGAGUGUGCAGCAGCAGGCCAGUGUGAUGAGCCACUGGGAGCUCAGAAUCCGCCACUCGGAACAGCUUCCAGGGUUUUGAAGUCAAGGGAAUGAAUGGACCAGUUAGAACCCUACCAGCUUUGAAAAUGCCCUCUGCUUAUUGGCUUUUCAGGGCUGGGGCAAAGGGACAAGAGAAGGAAGGGCAGCCAAAGCUGUUCAGAAGGAACGUAGCCAUCUUGUGACUUCCGGGUGGCAGUUAGGCCAUCGGUGAGCAGUGUGGCGUGUUUUACACUUGCUCUCCCCUCAGCACCUCCAGGGGAGCCUUCAGAGCAGCAGGUUACCUCUCCAUAGUUGCUCUACGGAAGGCCAGAGCCAACAGCUGGCAUGUCUGCCAAGUUCCCAGGUGGUAAUGCCACGGCCUGGCAACCACACCAACCCACAGUGUGGACCACACAAGGACAUGGCUACCUUCAGAUGUCAGAACCCUCAAGGGGCAAAAGUCACUCAGGUCAUCUGACUUGAGACUGUUCCCACUAGGUCCACAAGGAGGGUGAGAUGACACCAACCACCGAGUGGUUUCCAACCAGCCAAGCACAUGCCUCUCGACAGAGCCUGCUUGGCACUCCUGCCCCUUCCGAGCCCAGAUGCCUGGGCCUUCUUCCUGGAAAGGGGGCCCUUAUACUCCAAGAUCCCAGCUUCUUCUCUGUGCCGUGGGGUGGCCCUGCUGUGCCCCUGUCACUUUAACAUGUCUAGCCAGAAAUCAAGGCUCCCUCAUCCUUCCCCUCCUGCUUACACACCUGUGAAACCUGCUCCUUCCCUACGCCAGUACUGACGGAAAUUCCAGGGACCCCAUUGUCAAGGGGCCAGAUGGGCUUCUGGAUCUAGCUGGCCCAUGGAUGUGAGACAUCAGAUAUCCUACAAAGGCAGAAACUGCCUUAAGCUACUGCUUACAGCGAAACUCCAGAUGUGAGAUGCACCUCUCCACUGACCUCAACAGAAGCUCGGUGCCUUGUGCUAACGGACCCGAUAAUAAAGGACUUGUACCAGAGUGCCUUCUGCUGACUUGGUGCUGCAGGGAGACCCCGGGUCCUCUGUCCACCAACUGCAUUGCAUCCCCACGGGAGCUUCUUUGUUGGCCAUGGCUUCCCUCCAGUGCCUGCUGACCACAGCCAUCAGAAGUCUGCUGCCCCUCACCCCCUCAUUCAUCAUCUCAUGGCUUACUUGUCUGAAAGGAUCUCUUCUUCUCAUCAGUGUCAUUAAUCUGGCCCUUUGGGCCGCAGGGCUGA